GCAGGCGAGCAAGAUACAAGCAAGAGUCAGAAAAUUUAAUGAUACUCUCUGUCUCGUUCGUUCUAUAUUUCCGAGUAUACGAGCGCAGUGCACAGCCGAUUUGCGACCUGAAGUCUUAUGAGAUAUAAGUUCUGAAAGGAGACCAAGUCCACAGAGAGACCGCCGGAACGAUGACCUCAAAUUCCAUCUGGUCGUGGGUCAAACUACCAGUAUUUCUGGGAAGCAGUCUCGCCGGUCUAGGAGGCGGCGCAUUAUAUUAUUAUCAAAACGAGCUCAUCUACCCUCGGAAUUUACCUCCUGGAACCCGGACAGAAGUGCCACGACCGAGCACAUUUGGCCUUCAGGAUGCGGAGGAGCUUUCGAUAGUAACCCCAGACGGCGAGACUCUAAGCGCGUUCCUGAUCAAACCAAACAGCAAAGCUGUGGCCAAGCCAAUCACCAUCCUGAUGUUUCACGGGAAUGCUGGUAAUAUCGGGCAUCGUUUGCCGAUUGCUCGCGUGCUUGCGGAAGAACUCUCCGUGACCGUCUUAAUGGUGGAGUACAGAGGAUAUGGGCUAUCCACAGGCAACCCUACCGAGAAAGGUUUAGCAAUCGAUGCCCAGGCGGGCCUGGAAUACAUCCUCAACCGACAAGAUCUCCGAGAUGGCCGCAUUGUAAUAUACGGACAGAGCCUCGGAGGAGCCGUCAGCAUUGAUCUCGUGGUCAAGAACAAGGGCCGUGGUUAUGUUCACGGUCUCAUCCUUGAGAAUACAUUUUUGAGCAUCGCAAAAAUGGUACCAAACGUACUCCCGGCUGCCCGAUAUCUGACCCCACUACUGCAUGAGCAUUGGCGCAGUGAAAACAUCAUCUCCCAGAUUACCGACGUCCCAAUCCUGUUCCUCAGCGGGUUGAAGGAUGAAAUCGUUCCACCAUCGCACAUGAAGCAACUCUUCCGGCUAUGUAGGUCGAAUGCUGUAUCCUGGAAGGAACUCCCCAAUGGCGACCAUAACAGUUCCGUAGCUGAGCCAGGCUACUUUAUGCACAUCGAUCAAUUUCUCAGCACUCAUGUAUCACGAAGAUGAGACCAAGUAGUCCGAAGCAAAUAUAGACUCUAUGCUUGCUUCUUGACCAUGUCUUUGCGAAAUCUCUCCUAACUCAGAAAGCUCUGAAUCGGAUCUGGCGCCGCGCACGAGAUCAGUAAUCCCCGUCUCCGAGGAAGCCGAAACCAAACUUGCUGGCAGACGAGAACUUGGACAAGUUCUCAGCAACAGAUUGCGGAAUUUAAUGUCGGGACGGCGUAUUGAUGUGCAUGCACGGCAAUGCUGUGCGAGGGCGACGAUCAGCAGGCGGUGGGCCCCGAAAGGGCAUCUUGGGCCACGUCUGACCAGUGGAAAGGCGACAAUGACACAGGCCCUACCCGCUCAAUUUUACAGUGUAACCUUCAGAAGCUCGUAGCACAACGACGAAAUGAAUAGCAGCAAAACUGCAUUGAGAAAGUUCGCCACUCGUUUGUACUGAUUAGGGGUUAUCCAUAUCAAAUCUUGACGGGUGGACGAGCAAAACGCC